CUGACCCUGUAGAUCUACUAUUUACUUGAUUGAAUGGAUUUCUUGCGGAGUGGAAAGGACAAACUGCUCACUACUACUAGUAUCUCACUACCUGUACUCUUUUGCUAGCCGUCCCGCGUCCGCGCGCGUACCGUCGGGCGCACACCAGCUAGUGUCAGCAAAUCAAACAGGGACUGGGUAGCAAUAUCCGUCUUUUGUUACUUGUACUUCGUAGUUUUGUUCGAUUGGGUCUGCUAGCAAUGGCCGAGGAGAAGAAACGGGCAGUGAAUGCGCCUGGUGGCACACUGCUUGGUCUGGCACAGGCAGACAGCAAAAAGACUCCAAAACGUGCCAAGAUCCCUCUUCCUUCGUUCGAGGAGAUCGUCGGCAUUGCAGAGUCGUUGAUGGAAGAGUUUCCCCCGGAGUUUGUCAACGCAGACUUCUGGGCAGAUAGAUAUCUGAGCUACUUCAAGCUGGAGCUGUCACGACGCAUAGUCAGUGCUAUGGAUCAGGGCUUGGUCUCAUGUACAAGUGGUGUUAGUGAUGACCAUGCAGGAACCGUGCCACCCCGUCUAGGUGGCAUUGAGAAGGAGCUCCUUGAUCUUAUGAUGGUUGAGGAUGGCAGUGGGCUUAGCCGUUUAUUGAUCCGCUUCCUGGAUGUGGGUGGGCAGACUAGUGGAACAAGAGCUAUUCUUGAUCAAGUCGAAUUGGUGCAUGGUUUCAUGCAGUGCGGUGGCCUCUGGUUUCUACAAGAACAGCUUGGAAAGUUAUCUCCCGAUAUUCCUAGACUGGGCAGCAUACUUCGGCUCAUUGCCUCUUUUGCCUUGGACGUACAGUGUAAGGUGAUGAUGGAGUCUGGUGACAUUGCACACUUGAUUGCUAAGCUCAGAGGCCAUGCCGAGGAAGUGGCAUUCUUUGCACAUCACCAAUCGCUGCAGAAGUGUCUUCUGCGCGGCCACAGUGUCCCUGAUUCAGUGGCAAGCUCAACAUCACUGAUGAUAGCGCUGGCUAUGAGCGAUGACAAUCAUAUUCGGAAUCAACUGUUGACUUGUGUAACACCUGCCACCAAUGGCCUAGUGCCUAUCCUCCUCAGGUCCAAGUCUGCAGAAGAUCUCUGGCUGGAGUCUUGUGGACGAGUGGUGGAUCACAGCCGAGCUGCUGGUGUGGCAUGCUCCACUCUCGCAUCAUCAUCCGAUCCCGGCCAGACUACUAGCACUAGCACCACUACUCCUGCUGCUGCCGGUGCUGCAGCUGGUACAGCUACAUCCGCAGCUGCAGGAGUAGAAGCAUCACAUGAUCAAGGUGGGACAGAACCCGCUACUACCGCUCCCAGUGCUCAGUCAAGCAGUGACCUGGCCGGCACCAGCUCACAGCAGGCUGAAAGUGCUAAGCAGCUAAUCGAAGAGGAAUGCGACCAGCAGAUCACCACUACCCUACAGAAUUGCCUGCGGAUGCUAGCUGGACGGUGUGCUGCAUGGCAGAACAUGCAGAAAUCGAGCGCUUCCCGUGCUGAGCCAGACUUAUCUGGUGACAUAGACAAGCUGUUCUCGCACAGUGUACUGAGCAUACAGGUGCAGAUGCCAGGUGUCCUUCUCACUUCUUGCUAUUCGAAAUAUCGCAAGUUUGCCAUCAAGGCCACCGAGAUGCUACUGGAAGACUCAAAGCUCGGGGAGCUGUCCCUGUUCACACGCCUGCCGGAGUGGACAAUGCUGAAAGAAAGCAUAGCAAGCUGUGUGUGCUCAGCUGAUCAAGACCUUGCAAAAGCAGCAAGACACUUUGUUGCUAAACACGGACUGCAAACACCCAGCCUGAAAAACAUCUGCCUGCUACGCGUCUCGGAGAGCGUGAUGCAGCUCCAGUCCGUGCUUCAUACCAUUCCACCAGUAUUUCUCAAGCGGCUGCGGCCAUGUGUGGUGUGAUUCACAGUGGUGAAUAAAUCGGUUCCCAUCGUGACCUAGCACAUGCACAGCCUAUGUACACUGUACUGUACUGUAGAGUUCAAGGUGACCUACGGAAUAGUAGGGCAGUGAUUAGAAUCCUGUUGAGACAGAGUAGAGAUAGACUGCUGGUGACUGGAGCUGGCGUGUGCCAUCACUUUGCCUGCGGCAGUUUCAAGUUUUAACUGAACACAACUACCUUGCACUGCAUCCCUAUUCAAAGCAUACUGUUUCAUUUUCAUCUCAUAAUCCUAUAAUCUUUAAUACGCUUUCGGUGUCUAUUUACUGUAAAGUAAAAUCCGAGUGAUUUCAGGCAGUGAUGUUGAAAACCACCGUCAGUUAUCUAGAAAAAUCGGAAACUCUCUGAAGCAGGGUUCUAUUUCAAAUCUGCUGUUCAUCCACAAGUAUGCUGUUAUGUUUUGCAUCAGUUCUAUUCCAAACUACAUUAGACAUUGAAAAGAGCGGCCGGAAAGCGCAGUUGUGGUGGUUCAUGGGAAAAAAUACAUUAGCAACCCGUGAUUCACUAGUUGAGCAAUCAUUAGCACUAGCAAUCAUUGUAGUAAUUAUAUCUUCGAAAAAUGACCAUUGUUCAGUCACACCACGACUCCACUAUGCAGCAGUCUCGGCCGACCUAUUCCACUUGCACAUCACCAUCAAAACAAUGACAAUUCCGUUGAAUUUUGAAUGAAGACGAAAAAUUUCAUCAACGUAAUGUAGAAAAAUCACAACGAUGUUUAGCUCAAGUUUAAAAUAUUCUAACCAUUUCAAUUUUUUAAUUCUGACUCCUCCAAUCCCCUAAUCUAUUCGAAUCAUUCUUUCACUCCAAGCUCCCUCAUGUCUACUCUCAUGUACCCAUCCAUCACUUUUAUAUUGAAAAAAAAAGAAAGAAAGCUUCUC